UUCUUAUCCAUUAGUAUAAGGGAGUUUGUGAAACCAACAGAAGUCAGAAAGGAUGAAAAAAGCUUUUUCUUUUAUAAUUUUAAUCAGCUACAAGUGAUACUGUAAGUGCAACAGAAUUCAAACCAUCAUUUCCAAAUUGAGAAAACAGUUCUGCUGCAGAAAUGUUUUAUCAGACUAGCGUACUUUGCUUUCUCAUUUUUGGAGCCAACACUUGUGAUGCCAGAGCUGUUGGUGCUGUUUACCUCCUCACGGAUAUUGGAGAUAUGUUUUCAAGUAACAAUAAUUUCCAAGCAAUGGGAAGAGAAAAAGACAAAUUAAUUGGCAAGAGCUGCAAAGAGUUAAAAGAGAAACAUGGGUUCGAUAAAGAUGGACUUUAUUACUUAAAGUCAACCACAGGAGUCAUUUAUGAGACCUUCUGUGACAUGACCACUGACGGUGGAGGCUGGACACUAGUUGCCAGCAUUCAUGAGAACAAUAUUAAUGGAAAGUGCACACUAGGAGAUCGCUGGACCAGUCAGCAGGGCAACCUGGAAAACUUUCCUCAUGGAGAAAGGAAUUGGGCCAACCGCGUCAUCUUUGGAUCAACUGAUGGAGCAACAGGAGAUGACUAUAAGAAUGUUGGAUAUUAUGACAUAAAGGCUCUGGAUGUAUCUGUCUGGCAUGUUCCAAAUGAUGCUGCCAUGGAACACUGGAAAGCCUCUGCUAUAAUACGCUACCACACCAACAGUGCAUUUCUCUCUCUCAAUGGUGGAAACCUUUAUGAGCUUUUUCAGCGCUAUCCUCUGAAAUAUAAAGGUGGUACUUGCAAAACAGACAAUGGGCCAUCAGUUCCCAUUGUGUUUGAUUUUGGGGAUGCAACAUCAACCAAAGAGAUGUAUGGGCCUAACACAUAUGGUGAGACAGAGCCAGGAUAUGUAAGUUUUCGAGUUUUUAAUUAUGAACAAACCCCAAUGGCAGUCUGCUCUGGUGUCAAAGUAAUUGGCUGCAACAGUGAACAUUAUUGCUUUGGGGGAGGAGGAUAUUUCAAUCCAGCAAGACAGUGUGGAGACUUUGCAUCUUGGGACUGGGAUGGCUAUGGGACUCACACAGGCUGGAGUGCUUCUCAGAAGAUAACAGAAUCAUCAGUCCUGAUGUUUUACCGCUGAACUCUUUACAAAACCCCUUCUAAAAAAGCUUUAUCUGUGGUAACACACAUUUCUCUGAUGUUUUGUUAUUCCAGCUGUCAUGGUAUAGAAUUGUUAGGUUUUUACAGGUAAAUAGCAAUAGAGAAAUCAGUCAGAGUUAAACAGUCAAAAUGUGUUGUCAUACAAGCUGAAUGGAAAGUAAAAGUUCACUCAAAAAUGUGCUAUUAGUGUCUAUAUGCAUCCAUCUGUUCAUUUUUAUCCUGUUCUAGCUUACUUGCCUACUUACAGUCAUAUUGGGAUUGUGUAAUUUUUGAAAGAUGUUCAGUUUUAUACAUUUAUUUGGAUCAGUCUCUAUGGUAUCUGGUAGUGAUGAGCAAAAUGAUAUGCAAAAAAUUAGUGAAAGAUACUGCGUUUCGCUUACAGCAAUAUUCAUGCCAGAGACACAAGGAGAAAGGUAUUUAUUUCCUGUCUGGAAGUGUUUACAUACCAUUGAUUCCUUAUGUAUCUGCCUAUUAUUUAGUACUGUACUUAAAUAAAGAUAUCUAGUGAAAAG